GAUCGCAAAGGCCUGGGGUAUCGAAGACGAGCUCAUCUCGAGCGGAGGAGCUGUCGAUAGUGGUUUCCAAAUUUUCCGCACGGACGGGCACCUUCAGAUGAAGAUCCCCUUCAAAACAAGCGACUAUGGUUCCGAUCGGCUGUGCUUCCAUCGGGUCGAUCUUCACGAAGCGCUCAAGAGAUUAGCUGUGGAUCCGUCGCGACCAGGCAACCCCGCUACCAUCAAGGUAGCAAGCAAAGUUGUCUCGUGCGACUGUGAACAGGGCGUCGUCCAUCUCGAGAAUGGCGAAACUGUACAAGGAGAUCUGAUCGUCGGCGCGGAUGGCAUUCAUAGUAAACUACGAACUAGCGUUAUCGGAGAAGAAAGGCUCGCGAUCCCUACCGGACUGUCAGCAUACCGGUUGAUCAUUCCCAGGGAAAAGCUCCUCGAGAUCCCUCACGUCUCGGCCAUGAUGACCGACAAAGACCCCUGGACCACCAUGCUGAUGGGCCGAGAAUGCCGGGUCAUCAUGGGCCCUUGUCGUCAACAAGAGCUUCUCAGCAUUGUCGCUCUCGUCCCCGACAAGUUGAUGUAUGAACAGGCUUCAACCUCUUGGACCGCCCCGGGUUCGUUGGAAGAUCUCUUGCACUCGUUCGAGGAUUUCCCUCCUUGGAUCAAGGAUACCUUCAAAGCUUGUCCUGAUAUCAGUCUCUGGCAACUGCGAGAUACAGACACGCUUCCUUUCUGGAGCAAAGGCCGAACCAUCCUGAUCGGCGACGCUGCACACAGUAUGCUUCCUACUCAAGGACAAGGAGCGAGCCAGAGUAUCGAAGAUGCCGAAGCCUUGGGAGCCUACUUUUCCGACCUCACCGAGGGUCCAGUCUCGCGCGAGGAUGUCGAGGCGCGCCUGAAGAGCGUCUUCGAGGCUCGAUACGAAAGGGCCUCAUUAAUUCAGGCUUAUAGUCGUCAGCAAGCUAGGCCCGCUACCGAGGUCGGCUCGACCGUGAUCACCAUGAACCCUGGAGAGUUCAUGGAGUACAACUGUCGAUACUCUGGAGCGAAGGAGUGGGCUGCGAAGGCGAAAGCGGCGCAGAAAGCAUGAGAUAAUGGAAUAACCUCUUUGGGUGUACGCAGCCUGGUUCGAAUUUGUAAAGGUGCUUGCAGCUUGCGAAUGCUGCGUGACGGAGUGUUCGAGUCGCUGGAGGGGAUUUCAGAUCUAUGUUGUAUAUAAUAUGCAAA